CUCGGGCCCGCCCCCAGCGCCCCGCCCCGUCCCCGCCCUCCCCGCCCCGCCGCCCUCUGCGGGAGCCCGGCAGCUGCAGCGGAGCUGGGAGCGGGCGGUGGGCUGGGCAGUGCGCUCUGGCGCGCGGCAUGUGAGGCUCGCGGGCCGCAGCGCGCUCGGACGCUCGGGGGCCGCCGACCCCUCGCGGACGCUUGGAACUCGCCCUCGCGCGCGCGCGCCCCGCGCCCCGCAGCGCCGGCGGGACCAUGAAGAAGUUCUCUCGAAUGCCCAAGUCGGAGGGCGGCGGCGGCGGCGGCGGCGGCGGAGCGGCGGGCGGCGGGGCCGGCGGGGCCGGGGCCGCCUCUGGCUCCGGUGGCUCGUCCGUCGGGGUCCGGGUGUUCGCCGUCGGCCGCUACCAGGUCACCCUGGAGGAGUCGCUAGCGGAAGGUGGAUUCUCCACAGUUUUCCUGGUGCGGACUCAUGGUGGAAUCCGCCAUGCAUUGAAGCGAAUGUAUGUCAAUAACUUGCCUGACCUCAACAUUUGUAAAAGGGAAAUUAAAAUUAUGAAAGAGCUAUCUGGUCACAAAAAUAUUGUGGGUUAUUUGGAUUGUGCCAUUAAUUCAAUUAGCGAUAAUGUAUGGGAAGUACUUAUCUUAAUGGAAUAUUGCCGAGCUGGGCAGGUAGUGAAUCAGAUGAAUAAGAAGCUGCAGACAGGUUUUACGGAACCAGAAGUGUUACAGAUAUUCUGUGAUACCUGUGAAGCUGUUGCGAGGUUGCAUCAGUGUAAGACUCCAAUAAUUCACCGGGAUCUGAAGGUAGAAAAUAUUUUGUUGAAUGAUGGUGGAAACUAUGUACUUUGUGACUUUGGCAGUGCCACUAAUAAAUUUCUUAAUCCUCAAAAAGAUGGAGUGAAUAUAGUAGAAGAAGAAAUUAAAAAGUAUACAACCCUGUCAUACAGAGCCCCUGAAAUGAUCAACCUUUAUGGAGGGAAACCCAUCACCACCAAGGCUGAUAUCUGGGCACUGGGAUGUUUACUGUAUAAACUUUGUUUCUUCACUCUUCCUUUUGGUGAGAGUCAGGUUGCUAUCUGUGAUGGCAGCUUUACCAUCCCAGACAAUUCACGUUACUCCCAUAACAUCCAUUGCUUAAUAAGAUUCAUGCUUGAACCAGAUCCAGAGCGUAGACCUGAUAUAUUUCAAGUGUCCUAUUUUGCAUUUAAAUUUGCCAAAAAGGACUGCCCCAUCUCCAAUAUCAAUAAUUCUUCUAUACCUUCAGCUCUUCCUGAACCCAUGACUGCUAGUGAAGCAGCUUCUAGAAAAAGCCAAAUAAAAGCGAGAAUAACAGAUACCAUUGGACCAACAGAAACCUCAAUUGCACCAAGACAAAGACCAAAGGCCAACUCUACUACUGCCACCCCCAGUGUGCUGACCAUUCAGAGUUCAGCUACACCUGUUAAAGUCCCUGUGCUUGGGGAAUUCAGUAACCACAGAUCAAAAGGAGCACUGAGACCUGGAGUCAGCCCUGAUAUUUUAUUGGGUCAGGGGCCCCCUCAGCAGCCUCCACAGCAAAACAGAGUACUUCAGCAACUACAGCAGGGAGAUUGGAGACUGCAGCAACUUCAUUUACAGCCUCGCCAUCCUCAACAGCAGCAGCAGGAUGCUUAUAUGCAGCAGUAUCAACAUGCAAUGCAGCAGCAACAGAUACUGCAGCAACAGUUUUUAAUGCACUCAGUAUAUCAGCCACAGCCUUCUGUACCACAGUAUCCUGCAAUGGUGCAGCGGUAUCAGCAGGCUUUCUUGCAGCAGCAAAUGCUAGCUCAACAUCAGCAGUCUCAACAACAGGUGUCAUCUGAGUAUCUUACCUCCCCUCAAGAGUUCUCACCGGCCUUAGUUUCCUAUACUCCAUCUCUCCCAGCUCAGGUUGGAACCAUAAUGGACUCCUCUUAUAGUGCCAAUAGGUCAGUUGUUGAAAAAGAGGCAGUUGCAAAUAUUACAAAUCAGAAGAACUUCAGUAACCCACCUGAUAUGUCAGGGUGGAAUCCUUUCGGAGAGGAUAAUUUCUCCAAAUUAACAGAAGAAGAACUGUUGGACAGAGAAUUUGACCUUCUAAGAUCAAAUAGGCUCGAGGAGAGAGCAUCCUCAGAUAAGAAUGUAGAACUACUUUCUGCUCCACAUAACCAUCCUCCAGAAGAUCCUUUUGGUUCUGUUCCUUUCAUUUCUCACUCAGGUUCUCCUGAAAAGAAAAUCGAACAUUCAUCCACGAAUCAAGAAAAUACCCCUGCAAGCCCUAUGAAGAGUAGAAAGACAAGUCCAGUGUCUAAAGACCACCGGGCUGGAAAGAAAACCUCAGAGAAUUCAUCCGUACAGGGUCAGGUGCAGAAGGGAAAUGACGAAUCUGAAAGCGAUUUUGAAUCAGAUCCCCCUUCUCCUAAGAGCAGUGAAGAGGAAGAGCAAGAGGAUGAAGAAGUUCUUCAGGGAGGACAAGAUUUCAACGAUGAUGACACUGAACCGGAAAAUCUGGGUCAUAGGCCUCUCCUCAUGGACUCUGAGGAUGAGGAAGAGGAAGAGAAACACAGCUCUGAUUCUGAUGAUGAACAGGCCAAAGUCAAGUACAGUGCUGGGAGCCCUGCCUACAGAGACAAACCCGGCAGGGGACCAAUCCAAGACCCGAAGGCAGCACUCCCCAGCUCACCCCAAGUGCCCUCUAAUGCAGGAGUGAAGACUCCCAAACAGGAGUUUGAUGUGUUUGGCGCUGUCCCCUUCUUUGCAGUGCGUGCUCAACAGCCCCAACAAGGAGAGAGUGAGAAGAGCCCCCCUCAGCAGCCCUAUUUUCCUGCUGUGGGACUGGAGCAGGAAGAAUUUGAUGUAUUCACGAAGGCCCCCUUUGGCAAGAAGGUGAACGUCCAAGACGGUCGUGCAGCGGGGCCCGAAGCACAGACGCUCCCUGGUUGUCCCAAAAGUGUAGAUGUAUUUGGCUCUACUCCGUUUCAUCCCUUCCCCACAUCCACAGGUAAAAGUGACAGCCACGAGGACCUUUUUGGCCUCGUGCCCUUUGAGGAAAUAACUGGGAGUCAGCAGCAAAAAGUCAAACAGCGUAGCUUACAGAAACUGUCUUCUCGCCAAAGGCGCACGAAGCAGGAUUUGUCCAAAAGUAACGGGAAGCGGCACCACGGCACGCCCACCAGCACGAAGAAGACGGUGAAGCCCACCUACCGCACUCCAGAGAGGGCCCGCAGGCACAAAAAGGUGGGCCGCCGGGACUCGCAGAGCAGCAACGAGUUUCUAACCAUCUCAGACUCCAAGGAGAACAUUAGUGUUGCGCUGACGGAUGGGAAAGACAGGGGGAAUGUCCUGCCUCCCGAGGAGAGUCUGUUGGACCCGUUUGGGGCCAAGCCCUUCCAUCCCCCAGAUGUGCCAUGGCACCCUUCCCACCAGGGCCUGGGCGACAUCUGCGCUGACCACAACCCUGUGCUGCCUGGGUGGCCAAGACCCAACUCACUCCAUGGGUCCUUUCAUAGUGCAGAGGCAUUGAAAAUGGAUGACUUUGGUGCCGUGCCCUUUACAGAACUUGUGGUGCAGAGCAUCCCUUCACCUCAGGCCCAACAGCCCCAGUCCAUCGAAUUAGACCCAUUUGGUGCUGCUCCAUUUCCUUCUAAACAGUAGAGACUUCUGAUAGACUCUUGGUGUUAACCCGUUUCAAAAAAGGAUGAAUAGUUUUAUGAAUUUGAGAGAAAAUUUAUUUGUAUAGUUUUUUUGUUUUUGUUUUUUUUUUCUAAAUUAAGGUCAGGAGCUGUUUGCACCUAAGGCAACCAAGAACUGCUUAAUUAUAUCAAUGGUGGUUUGAGGCUCAGAAGAUUCUAUUGCUGCGCUAAUGUCUUGAUCAGUUAUGCGGUAGGCAGCUUUUAUUCCUUCAGCAUCUUUGUUAUCAGGAAUGCGUUUCUUUAUUGGUGGUUUAGACAACACAGCAUCCAUCUCCUACUCAGGUAAAUGUGAGAGCUGUUCCUUAUUGGACUUAUAGUCUGAAAGUAGGGUCAGCUUUCCUCUUGUGAGUGUUUGCAACCUUGCACAGAUUCGGGAAACAUACUGUUGCAAGCAGUUCAAGACCUUCAAGCCUAAGAGCCUUCAAGUAAGGAAACAUGGCAGGACCAUAUUUCUAGAGCAGUUUAUCCUCAACAUCCAUAAAUUUCUUUAUCUCAUGACCAACUCCCAGUAGAAAGCUUGUGUGAGACAUGCCUUCAUGCCUUCAUGGACAAAGGACUUAAUAGUGAUGUAGGGAGUCAUUUCAGCAAAUGACGCAACUCAUUUUACUUGGGCUACAAAUGCGCGUCCGGUAGGUCCAACUCUCGCAUGUUCUUGGAUGUCUGGUAAACCCCGUAGCAGACUUACAUCUCAUCCUCUGCUGGAGAGUGAUGAAGCUGCCUCUGUAAAGUUCAGUGAGGUGUACAAGUCGAUAAUGUGUGGUGUAACUCCGGGCCGGACUAUAGCAAACAUAGCAUUGAACCUCCUUUGGAUUUGCUCAACAGGAUUUUGCUGAGGCUUUCUUACUAAAUGGUACAUUAAAGACAACGCCGCUUUAAUGUUCUUGUACUUCCCUUCACCAGUCACCUCAAUGUUGUCCACUAUCCAUGGGGCUAGGUUACCAUCUUGACUUGGAAGGCCUCUUGUUUCCAUGAUGUACUCACGAAUCUGGGGAGCUGCAUCGUACAAUUGGGGAAAGGUUGCUAGAAGUAGUGACAGCAUGGCUGCUGGGACACCACCUAGAAUCCGCUGAAUAACCCGCAUUGCACUUGCUAGUACGGUCAUAGCUGACAGGAUGACCAGUCUAGGAGGGGCAAUAGCCAGAAGCUGAAGGCUACCACCGGGUAUUUCCAUAGAAUCUGCCAUUGUGUACUUGUAUAGCUCUUUAUAUCAUUCAUUCUUACAAUUCAAUCACAAGAGGUGAUUUUUAAUAAACCAAAUAGCAAAAGGAAGUAUCUCCACAGGGUAGUGACUUGGUGUCUCUUCCAGGCUGGAAGAGGGAGCUGCUUCGGAAGCUCUGGCCCAGGGUUUCAGCUACUGACUUGACCACAGCACUGAAAUCCAGGGGAUGCAUGUGGCCUGGCUCCAGAUGUGCAUUAUUUUUGUACCAGAAUGUCAUGUUUGUGUGCCCAUCCGGGCUCAUUCCACAAUCCAGCAUUAAAGCCAAGGCUGUCUGUACACACACAGGCUGCACUUGUGGAUUUUUUAAGGGUCCUUCUAAUUUCCAACAGUAAAACAGAAUCCUGUCUUCACCAAGAAUCAGAAGGUUAUUUAUUAUCUGGGGAAUGCAGAGAUUUUAAUCCUUCUACCUUUCUCUAUAAAACAGAGCCAGAAAUAACUAUUGUGCCUAAAACUUUCAUUUUUAAAAACAAGUGCCAUUAAUAUGGAAUUUCUACGUAGAAGCCUAGAACAAAAACUUGAGAGAUACCUGAUGUGUGCAAAAUCUAAAAGAAAAAAUGAAAUAGAAGAGAAAAAAAAAACACAGUACUUGAACAUUUAAUGUUCCGCUUUUGAAUGGCUUCUUGCUCAAAACUUUUAUUUUCAUGUCUCUAAUAAAGGAGAUUAUUGGAAAACUGUGAGUGAGGAGACAGGUUAUACAGAAUUUUUACUUCAGAAAAAAGAAAAGCUGUAGCUGAAACCCUGGGUUUUUAAGACGUUUACAAUGUAAAAUCAUGUAUUAACGUACUUUAUUAAAUUACCACCUUCACCAAUUAUUCUCCAAGUCAAGAGCGACAGUUUCUUCCUUAGGUUUGGGGUGGGGAAAGGGGAGGGUCGUUGUAAUGAAGUGCACAGAACAGUGAGAGCCCCCAGCCUUACGGCAGGACUGGGAUCCUGCUGCGAACCUCUGCCCUCUGCGGGGUUGACGAUCUUACACUGGCUCCAUACUAGUAAAAGAUAUCCGGUGAUGAGGAACUAGUGUCUUAACUCUGCUAGCUGACUGUGUCUUUAGUGAAAAGAACUCAGCUACCAAAUUGCUUCUUUUUCAAUACCACAAAUCCUAAUUAGAAACUUGAGAUUUUAUAGGAACUAAUAAGAUAGAAAUUAAAUAUAUGAAUUAAUGUGUCUUCAAGUAUUUGAAAUUAUAAUUUACUGUCCCCUUCCCUAUCAAAUUAACAUGUAGAAGUUUCUGUGAAAGCACCUCACAGAAAGAGUGGAAACUCUUGUCAACUGGCACUCUCCUUGAUUGCUAUAUUUUAAAUUCUCUUUGAACCCAGUUAAAGUGUAUUUUAUGAGUAAUCUUACUAGAAUCUCUUCAUAGUAUCCCAGUUGGGAUGAGCUAUUUGCUUGUUUUCACUGUUCUAAACUUGGGAAGCAGCAGAGUAUAUGUAACUAGACCACAUAUUCAUUUUUAUUGCCUCUCUUUUCUCUUUUAAAACAGAAACAAAUUUGUGGACUGAUAGGGAAGCAAUAUGUGAGUCACAGUUAGCAGAGGCAGAUCA